UGCCUUGUGGCUGACAUCAGUUAGUGAGCCACACGGUUAGUGAAUGCUUUUAGGACAAUCCCUAACUUUUCUAAUUUAUUGAAUUAAUACGAUGUCUUCGCUUCUUAAGGUGGACAAUGAAAUCAAAACAAAGGUUGAUGCUUUCAGGGAACGAAUUACUGCAGAGGCUGAAGACCUGGUUGCAAACUUUUUCCCAAAGAAGUUGUUAGAGCUGGAUCAGUUUUUGAAGGAUCCCAUAAUUAAUAUCCGUGAGCUAAAAGAAAUUCAUUCAGAGAUCAACUUAACGGUGCCAGACCCGAUUCUUCUUACAGACAUCCACGAUGGACUUGAGGGGCAAAAUGCUAAAAAGAGAAAACUUGAAGAUGGUGCAGGAGAAGACAAAGUUGGUGGGACCAAGGUCUUUGUCAUGCCUGGUGGAAUGAUGAAAAGCAAUGGCAAGCUGGUGGACCUGAUUGAAAAAGUCAAGCCUGAAAUCAGAACUCUCAUAGAAAAGUGCAACACAGUCAAGAUGUGGGUUCAGUUGUUAAUCCCAAGAAUAGAAGAUGGAAACAAUUUUGGUGUCUCAAUUCAAGAGGAGACAGUUGCUGAACUGAGAACAGUGGAAGGGGAAGCAGCAUCUUACUUGGACCAGAUAUCAAGAUACUACAUCACAAGGGCAAAGCUGGUUUCCAAAAUAGCAAAAUACCCUCAUGUUGAGGAUUAUCGUCGCACAGUCACCGAGAUUGACGAGAAAGAAUACAUCAGUCUCAAGAUUAUAGUGUCAGAACUGAGAAAUCAAUAUGUAACAUUACAUGAUAUGAUCCUGAAGAACAUUGAGAAGAUAAAGAGGCCGAGGAGCAGCAAUAACGAUGCUCUAUACUGAAACAACCUUCCUUUUCUUUCUUGGCCCCUUAUUCCACCCUUUGCAGCCAUCAGCUGGUUCUAAAGCAGUCCUGUCAUUCAUUAUAAACAGGCCAAGAGAGACCUGCUUGAACAGGCCUGAUAGAACAUGCCACAUAGAAUUGUAAAAUAUGGUCCCUAUUUUAAACCCUUUAAAAAUAAGCCCCCUUUUUGUUCUUUUUUUUUUGUUGUUGUUAGCGGACAGUCUAAAUGUAUUUAGGCAGAGCCUGAAUAUAUCUCCGAAGAAAACUGUCAAAUUUGAUUUUCUUAAUUUAAUUAAAGAAACAUCUCAACAGUGGGUUUCUUUUUUUCUUUUUUCUUUUUAUCUUUUGCAAAGCCAAGUUCCGGGUAGUUAUGUUUUUGAAGGAAUCAAAGACAUUUAAAGUAUUUCUGAGUCUCUUGGGUAACGUGAGCCAGUUUCUCCAGUCAAGAAGCUCUUAUUGAUGCUGUAUUUCACUUAAGCAGUUUAUAUUGUUCAUCUGAAAUGUACAUUUAGGCUAAAGUGGAAGCAAGGCAGUUCAUGUGCAAGAUUUUAUUUGGAGUACGAGUUGACAGUUAUUAUAACAUGAUGGGAAUACAUAUGGAAAUUUCUUCUGAACUGACAGAUUCAUCAAAUUCUGGAAGCUUUUAUGGUUCUUUUUGUCCAGUUUUUAGUGAUUCGUUGUGCUGA